GCUUAAUGCGGGGGUGAAAAAUCCCAGAGCUUAAGAAGACCUUUCGUACCGAAAGGCAUUACAUUCAUCUAUUUACAUCCUCUUCUGUCCACUGUUCGCGUGGUAACCCCAAUCUACAACAAACUCUAUUUUUAUCAUCUAUCAUUUUCAACCUGAAGUAUGAGCGCGACUCACCACUUGGAAUCACUAUUAAAUGGAGCGCGAGUAGCUCCAGAGGUCUUUGAGCUACGCCCGGACUAUCGCGCACUAUUGAUGGUGGUUGAUGGUAUCCCACCAGGUCCCAGUGACGACUUCAGCGAGGCACUUCUGCAAGAGGCUGAGGCCUGUGCUAGAACAGCGCUAUCGCAACAUCCUGUCACAAAAAUACCACAUAUAGCCGCAUGGCGAGAGGCAUACAAGGCUUUUGGAGCUAAGCCGCAGCGCAUACGCAACAGUUUGGAGGCUCUUACGCGCCGCGCAGAGGGGGGGUUACCACGCGUCAAUCGGCUGACAGACAUCUACAACGCUAUUUCUAUCAAGCAUCAGGUUCCAGUUGGCGGCGAAGAUUUUGAAAAGUACGAUGGAUCCCCUUUUUUGGUCCGUGCCAGUGGUCAGGAGAAGUUUGAGACUAUGUCGGGCGGAGAAACUGUCACAGAGCUUGCGGAUCCUGGGGAGGUUAUAUGGUGUGAUGCUAAGGGGAUCACCUGCCGCCGCUGGAAUUGGCGUCAAUGCCGUCGGACCGCACUGAAUAGUGAUACCACACAGGUCUUGUUCAUCUUGGAUGCACUUGACCCCUUUACAAACGACGCGCUUGAUCAAGCUGCCGAUGAGCUUGUCUUAGCGUUGCAGAAGCUGUCUCCAGACGUACAAGUAUUGCGUCGGGUUAUUAGUAAAUCUGUUUAGUUUCAUAGUGUAUAAGUAAUUAUUCAGAUGUGUAUA